AAAGGGGGAGUGGGUAUACGUGUUCAAUUCGUUUUCUAUCAGAGAACUAGACAGAACUAAUCAGAGUGCUAAAUUACGUGCAACGGGGUGUGUAUCGCAUGACAGAUAGCCGAAGAUGUUCAGCUGGCUGAGCAAAGAUAACCACAAACAAGAUGUGUACGAAAAUGUGGUACAGGGACUCAAGGAAAUCUACAAGACAAAACUUCUCCCUCUGGAAACCCACUAUCAAUUCCAUGAUUUUCAUUCGCCCCAAUUGGAGGACUCGGAUUUCGAUGCAAAACCGAUGAUUUUACUUGUUGGGCAAUAUUCAACCGGAAAAACCACUUUUAUCAGGUAUUUGUUGGAAAAAGAAUUUCCUGGAAUGAGAAUUGGGCCUGAACCUACAACCGAUAGAUUUAUUGCGGUAAUGUAUGAUGAACGUGAAGGCAUGAUACCAGGUAACGCUUUGGUCGUUGAUCCAAAACGACAAUAUCGACCGCUUUCCAAGUUCGGAAAUGCCUUUCUUAAUCGCCUACAAUGUUCUCUAGUCGAUUCACCUGUUUUAAAAAAUAUAUCAAUUAUUGAUACCCCGGGAAUUUUAUCAGGUGAGAAGCAACGAGUAGAUAGAGGAUAUGACUUUACGGGAGUCUUAGAAUGGUUUGCAGAGAGAGUUGAUCGUAUAAUAUUACUGUUCGAUGCACAUAAAUUAGAUAUUUCCGAUGAAUUCCGUCGUUCUAUAGAAGCAUUAAGAGGUCACGAUGAUAAAAUCCGUAUCGUUUUAAAUAAAGCCGAUAUGAUUGAUCAUCAACAAUUAAUGAGAGUGUAUGGGGCCCUUAUGUGGUCAUUAGGUAAAGUUUUGCAAACACCCGAAGUUGCAAGAGUUUAUAUCGGUUCAUUUUGGGAUCAACCGUUACGUUUUGAUACAAAUCGACGUCUCUUCGAAGAUGAAGAACAAGAUUUAUUCAAAGAUUUACAAUCGUUACCCAGAAAUGCAGCCUUGCGGAAAUUGAACGAUUUAAUCAAACGAGCUCGACUUGCUAAAGUUCACGCCUUCAUCAUUUCCGAAUUGCGUAAAGAUAUGCCGAGUGUUUUUGGUAAAGAUUCGAAGAAGAAAGAAUUAAUUAAAAAUUUAGGACAAAUUUAUGAAAAACUUCAACGUGAACACCAAAUUUCACCUGGCGAUUUUCCGGAUAUUAAGAAAGUACAAGAAGUUCUCAAUAACUUAGAUUUCACCAAGUUCCAUCCGUUAAAACCAAAAUUAUUGGAAAUUGUUGAUCGUAUGCUUAGCGACGAUAUCUCUAAAUUAAUGGCUAUGAUUCCUCAAGAAGACAUCAACAAAAUUGACGAUAGUUAUAUCAAGGGCGGGGCAUUUGUUAAUGUUGAAGACACAAUUUCACCAUUUGGUUACAAAAGAGGUGAAGGAAUUAAUGCCGGGUUUGGUGAACCCGAAUGGAUUGUUAAUAAGGAAAAACAAAGUUACGACAACAUCUUUAAAUCGUUACAACCCAUCGAUGGCAAAGUUACGGGAGCUGCUGCAAAAACGGAAAUGGUAAAAUCGAAAUUACCGAAUACUGUUUUGAGUAAAAUUUGGAAAUUGGCUGAUGUUGAUAAGGAUGGAAUGUUGGAUGAAGAAGAGUUUGCACUAGCAAUGCACCUAAUAAGCGUGAAGAUCGGUGGAAAUGAUAUCCCGGCUUCUUUACCGGACCAUUUGGUGCCGCCGUCCAAACGUUAAUACCAUCAAAAAGUAUCGCGAUAAAACCCCUUAUCACAAGUGCUAUUUAUUCCUUUUUUUAGAUUUGUGCCUCUUGUUCAUUAUUUUUUUCCGUUAUUUUUUCCUGAAGGUAAUAAACCGGAAUCAAUGACGUCGGCACCAUUACGAGUUUAGGAAAAUUUGUGAUAGUCGAUGUACAUAUUGUAUUAUAAAGUCGUGCCGCACGUUUAAAUAAUAUAUAAAAAUAAUAAGGGGUGCGAUCAAGCCCUCUUGGUGUGUGUUUUUAUUUUGAAAUGUUUAACUUUCGUUUAUAGAUUUACAGAUAAUGUGUAUAGGCAUUUUUUCAUUUGCUAAUUAAUAUCACCAAUGUUCAUAUAUUUAAAUUUCUAAAAAUAUUAAAUAAAAAGUUUGUACUUUUA